CAGCUCUAGUUGAAGUGUGUGUGUUUAUGUGUGUGUACUGGUUGUUACUGCACCGUGGGAGAGACUUAUUGCAUGUCAUCUAAGUAUUUGGAGGAUCGAGUGGAUCAAGGUUCUCUACACACCUGGAGUAUCUCCGAACAUCGCUGCUGAAGUCGUCGUAGCUGAAAUGGAGAGCCGGUGGUGGUUGGUGUGUUUGUGUCUCGCUGCUGUGGCUGACGAAACCCGACAAAACUCGAUGAGCUGCGAUAGAGUGCACAAACUUCUGCAGCUGCAGCAGAUCGACACAACUGGUCUACUAAACACACCCGGGACAGAAUCGGAUCUUCAGGUGUGUCUCAGCCGCGGCGCGACCUGCUGCACGAGGAAGGUGGAGGAGGAGUACCAGACAGCAGUGCAUCAGGACUUCCAGAACCUUUUGCAGACCUUUAGUUCCAACCUAAAGUCACUCAUCACGCAAAGUAUCGCUGCCUUACAAGAAACACUAGACUCUGUGGCACGUGAAGUACAGAGCCACACCUCUGCCCUCUUGAGAGUUUUAUACGGCGACCUCGGCUCGCGUGCUUCCUCUCCGUUGGCCGAACUCUUUACCGAUGUUGGUCUUUUUCUGCUGGGGGCGGAGCUUAACCUAGAAGAAGCAACACAACGUUUUUUCCAAGCACUUUUCCCAUUGGUCUAUGACCAGCUUGAGAAGCGAGACAUGGCACCUUUGGAUCCUGUCUACCAAGAGUGUGUACGUUCAGUCGGGCGUCGCUCAGCGGCCUAUGGUAACGCCCCGAUACGCCUCGCUGCGCUGGUGUCGCGUGCUUCGGAGACAGAGCGCACGUUUCUGCAGUCGAUGCACCUCGCGGCUGAGGUCAUCAACACCACAGACCACGCUCAGCCAAGCCGCGAGUGCCGACGAGCCUUAAUGCGCAUGCGUUACUGUCCGCUGUGCCAGGCCCUGACGGACAGUAAGCCGUGCAUGGGUUACUGCCUGAAUGUGCUGCGUGGCUGCCUCGCCAGUCUUGCUGAGCUCGAUGCCCACUGGCAAGAAUUUGUGCGCUCGCUGGAGGCGCUCUCGGCACGCAUGCAAGACGGGGACGAGCUCGAGCGCGUUAUUGCAACGAUCCCGCCACUCAUCACCGAUGCUGUAGCACACAUGAGCAAGAACGCUGCCAAACUCAAAUCACAGGUCCAUAGUCUGUGUGGAGAACCUGUACACUUUGGUCACAUCCAACAGAGACCCGUAAGCGACACACUACAUCUCGAAACCCCAGAGAAAACCCCAGAAGACACCCUGAGUCACAAAAGAAGGGAAUUCCUGACAUCUCUACGUCACUAUCGGGCAUUUUACGGCGGUCUGGCCGACCAGAUGUGUGUUCGAGAGUUGGCGUCAACUGACGGACUCGCCUGCUGGAACGGAAAUGACGUGGUCAAGAGCUAUACAAAGCGCGUUGUGGGCAGCGGAAUACGAGCCCAGGCACAAAACCCAGAGGUUCGCGUGAAGGAGGCUGAUCCGGUCAUCCACCAGGUCAUCGACAAGCUAAAGCAUAUCAACCAGCUCCUGCAGGGACAUUCUAUUCCUAAACUUGGCACUCUGGACCAGAUCGAGAUGGGCAGUGGGGACGUGGACAUCAUGUUCAGCGGACAAUGUGAUGAUGAAGAUGGCUGCUGGGGGUCCGGAGAUGGAGCUGGAGAAACCUGGGUUGCUAACCCGCCUGAAUCGAGCGAUCAGGCGCCUGAUGAAAACCCACACCACAGCUCACGUGCAGAACCUGUUGGAGACACACUCCGGGCUUCGGGCUUCAGGAGCACCCCAAGUGCUGUAUCACUUCUCAGUACAGUAUACACAAUGCUAAUGUUCUGGAGGUAACCCCUGAACACACCCCUGAAUUUGGACGCAGUAAAGACUCUGACACCUUAUUCCUUUCUUAUCUUUUUUUUUUUCUCCAUGAACUUGUAACACAUUUUUAUUUUCUGACUUUUUUUUCUUGCCACUCGCUCUAUAAUGCUACUCAGUUCUGGAGUCAACAAAGUGAACCCUGAGAUGUUCCUGGUGUUUCCAUACAGAUGAGGGCAGAUUUAAACGGUGUAGGUGAUGAUUAUGGGGGCGGGGCUAUGCUCCUGAGGGAGGACGAUUGACAGCUCGAGGGCACGCCAAUGACCCGCGAGUUUCUGACAAGAAAAGGAAAAAAAAGGAAGGUGGAGGAAAUACACGGAGAAACAUAAAGAACAUUCUGGAGCACAGAUUUGAAUCAGGUUAAGGAUGACCUUUAAUGUCUAAAUAUUCAUUAGUAUUAAAAUGACUAUACAGAUGAAGCAGAGCUCGAUUCAAUCAGUGAGGUGGUUUGAAAUGUGUACACACGUUUUAGUCUAGACAGACAGACAGACAGACAGCUGGGAAGGGUGGAUUGAUCAAGAGGGACAUUAAGACAAACGAAUACAGAGCUUUCUUUUAAGUUUGCUUCCAUUCAGAAUGUACUGUGCAAGAUAAAUAGGCAGACAGACAUUUUAUGUAAGUAGACAGAUAGACAUAUGGAUAGUUAAACAGACAUAAAAUAGAACUACAUCAGACAAAACAUGGACAGACAAAACUAUGGACCCAGACAUAUUGGUGGGUGAAUGAAAAGUACAUAUAAGCAGUCAUAUACAAUAGGUAAGUGGACAGACAUAUAGUUAGGUAGGUAGACAGACAGAAAUGUAAUACUUGUACAUUAUAGACAUAACACAGACAUACAUAUAGUCAAGUCAAGAAGCUUUUUCUUUUUGACAGACAUAUAGGUAGUUAAACAGAGAGACAGACAGACAUGUAGGCAUGUAGUCAGACAGACAUGUGGGUAGAGACAGAGGUACAGACAGAUAUACAGUGCCCUCCACAAUUAUUGGCACCCCUGUUUAAGAUGUGGUCGU